CUGCGCCCAUUUUGUAUGGGCCGCCGUCCAGGCAUAUAUAGCAUCCACCCAUAGGUAUGAUUGUCACAACAAUCACAUAUUCUACGCUACAACUCCAGUGCAGGGCAUUCAUUCUACUUGACAUUGAGUCUAUUGUUACACACCGCCCACAGAAGCCUUUGUUACAUUCCACGGCCCCUGCGUGGUCCAGCUUGAAAUACCAGCCCUCUACACAAUUGCAGUCAUGUCAUAUCGACGGUCCGGCACAUCAAGGCGGCAGCAGUCCGUCGACUUUCCUCGCUAUCCUCCAAUUUCUCAGGCGCAGCCCCAACAACUACCUCCCGCGCCUACAUCUACUCCUCUACCUGCACCGAUGCCCCUCCCACCUUCACAGCCUGCCAUACUCGCCUCAGACUACGAGUCAGACAAUCCAGGCUAUCAAUCAGACUACCCUACGGGACCACCGCCUCCCAAUCGUACCAACGAAGAAUUAAAUCUCUCCGUCCUCAAACGCCAUAAUCCCGAAAUCUCCUCCAUCUUAUCUAUCGCACCCUACGCAGUCGUGUACGAAUUCUCACCUAUACCACAGCCCGAAUGGACAAAGACAGGGGUGGAAGGCUCUUUGUUCAUUUGUGAACUUGUACCUGGAAAAUAUGGAGAAGACAGAUAUUCAGCCAUCGUCCUCAACCGGAGAGGUCUGGACAAUUUUGAGGCGGAACUGAGAGAAGGUGAAAACGCGGGUGUUGAAAUAACAGGCGAAUAUGUGAUUAUCAGUUUCAAGGAAGGCCAUGAGCAGAAGAUCUACGGCGUCUACAUAUUCCACGAAGCAGGUUCUUCCACAGAAAACGCGCAACAAUUGAACGGCGAGCUAAUGAAGUCACUUGCGGAUCACGCUGGUCUCAGCAAACAAGCCGCCGAGGCCGCGGCAUCUGCUGCCGUCGCGCAGCAUACAGACGGACAUAUACAGCAAGCCGAGGAUGCUUUGCAGAAUCAACAAGCCACGGCGACUUAUCCAGGUCAACAAAUCAGCCUACAUCAGCUGUUCGGUCAACAGCGAGCGUCUGAUGCGGCGUGGAGCGUAAGAGCACACAAUCUUGACAGCAAUCAGCAACCGCCCUCGCAACCACCUGCCAAUGUCAAUGGUCAGCAGAAUUACAACUACCACAAUUCACAACCCGUACCUCAGAAUCCUGACGUGCUAGGAGACCUCUUUAGAAGAGCAGGUCUCGCCGCAAAAUAGGUAAUAUGGAACGAGGGUUCUGUCAACACAGCUGUAACUUCCCUGGCAUAUUUGGAAUCUUGAAGCAUGCAACCAGAAGGUAUUCUCAGACCAUAGUCUUCAUCAAAGCUUCAGCUUUUCGGGUUUA